AUAUGAUGCUGAGUGGAGCUUUUCAGCUCUCAGUGCCCAGUCCAACAUCAAAACCGUGCGGACAUGGGAUUAGACGAGGAGGACAAAGACACAUGUGACUGUUAACAAUCUUAUUAACAGUUUACUCUUUAUGUGAUUAUGAAGGAUACAUGGAGCGAGGGUGAGACGUACUGAGCACCACGAUGGACUGCGUGGACCAGAGUGAGCAGGAGAAGCUUAUCAUCUUCAUCACCCUGCCGCUGUCCUCCAUCAUCAUCCUCACCAACUUGCUCAUCAUCAUCGGUAUCGCCUGCAACAGACAGCUCCAUGACACGCCCAAUUACUUCUUCCUGAGCCUGCUGGUGGCAGAUCUCUGUACGGGCCUCGCUCUGCCCUUCAUCCCUCGCAUGGGUCUCGUUCGAUCGCUGAACUUUCCGUCUUGCCUGCUCGUACACAUCUUCCCCAAUUUCCUCUUCCUGUCCUUCCUCUUCAACCUGGUCAUGGUGCACUAUGAGCGGUACCUGUGCAUCGUCCAUCCGCUGCACUACAGCCAGUUUUGGGUGCACCGCUGCUUUCCGGUUGCACUUUUAGCUGUAUGGAUUCCUCCUCUCCUCUAUGCUAGUUUACCUGCCUUCGGAUGGAAUAACUGGACAGAGAAACAACUUAACCUCAGCUUGGAUGCUAAUACAUCCUACAUUUUAAGAAAAGGUGAACCAGCAGUAAGUGAACAUAACUGUUCAAACGAUGAGCAGGAUUACUGCUCCUACAAACAGAUUUUUCCCAAACCAUUCAUCUAUUUGGAAGUCUAUGGGCUGCUCCUGCCUGCCAUCUUCUCCAUCCUGGCCAUGACAGGCCGAGUUCUCUGGAUUACACGAAAGCAACUGAGUGAUAUCUGUAAGCUUAAUCGCUCUGUGAUGAGCAGCGAGACCUCAGAACAUGAACAUCACCUCAAUCUGCGCUACGCAAAGUGUGUCGCUCUCGUCUCGCUCACCUUCCUGGUCUGCUGGGUGCCCUACAUCGUCUACCUGCAUGUUUCCGUCGUGUUGCUUCAAGGAGGUGAGAAGAGGAGCUCCUCCCUCAACAUCAUCCUCUCAUGCACGGGAGUCGGCAGCAUGGCCGUCAUUCCCAUCAUACUCAGUCUCGCCAACAGGCAGUACACAGAGCCAGUGCGCAAUCUGCUUAAGAAAAUCAGGACUCGCUGCGCUAGAAUACAGGACUUAGGAGAUCCUUCCUGAAAAGUUUACAAUUCUUUUUUUUUUUUUUUCAAACAGCAAUUGCACAAAUGUCUUUCCUUAUGAGUGAGUUACAGGAGGUAGAUCUCGGCAGAGAACAAUGUAGCUCAGUGAAUUUCUUCGCUGAUUUGUACUGUUUUAUUUCCUUGUCAGGUUGUUAAGUAGCUAGAGGGAUAACUUUCUACUGCAUUCCAGUACUGUUUUCAUAGUUCCUAAUGGGAUUUGACCCAGUCAUGAUCUAAUGGUUUCCAGUCAUGAUCCAAUGGGUUUAAUGAUUUGCAAGACUCCAGGCAUUUUUUAUUUAAUUACAGAGCCAGGAUAUAUAUAUAUAUGAUCUAAUUUAAUGAAAUUUAGUAAGAUUCUACCUAGAAUGUAGAGUAUCUUGAAUACUAUGUUAGUGAUUUCCUGUAGUGAUCUAUAAAGGAUCUUUAAAGACGUACAGGAUCAUUAUAGAUUGCAGCAAAAAUGUCAGAAGUACAUUAGGG